CCGCACCUGAAAGCAGGAUAUUGGUAACCUGACGCCUCUACCUGUUUACCGCCUCCACCACCGUGACUAGUGAUGGACUGUGAGAGCAUCAGAGGUAGGGGACGUUAGUAAGACGUAGGUGGCAGUAUCAACAGGACUCCGGACAAAAGUCCACGUAAAUUAGUCUUACCUCUACCUUCACAUGAGUUUCUACUUGUUAUUGGGACUUUAAUUGUUACAGAAUUUCCCCCGCAAAGCACUUUGUGCUGACAUCUAUCAUAACCAUCGAACUCAGCAUUGCAGUGGGAGAUAACAAAGCCAAAUGAAGAUCUAAUGCAAAAGGAGAACCACUUUCUGUCUGUCGUUAGUCUCCAACUGUUACAUGUGUACCACAUCACAAGGAGGGAACAAGAAGAUGCCCGUUCAGAUACCAGACGAUACAGACUUUACCUCUUUCAAGGAACAAUGUGAAAACCAGGAAGGAUGGACAGCGCGCUACAACAAGGGAAACGUGACGGUGUGGUGCAGGGAUGAAGAGUGUAAAACGAUCCAGAAACUAAAGAUGAGGAUAGUGUGUAAGGACGUGACUGCCGAGACCCUUUACGACGUCCUUCAUGACACCAGCUACCGGAAGAACUGGGACAGCAACAUGAUCGACACCCACGACAUCGGCAGGCUCACUGUCAACGCAGAUGUUGGAUAUUACUCCUGGAAGUGCCCGAGCCCCCUGAAGAACAGGGACUUUAUCACUAUGAGAUCAUGGCUUCCUCUGGGCAACGACUACCUGAUCAUCAACUACUCUGUCAAACACCCGCAAUAUCCACCCAGAAAGGACUGCGUGAGAGCAGUGUCUCUACUGACAGGAUACCUGAUUCAGUCCAGCGGAGAAAACUCCUCCACUCUCUAUUACCUGACGCAGGUCGAUCCCAAAGGUUCCCUUCCCAAGUGGGUGGUGAAUAGAGCGUCUCAGUUCGUAGCACCGAAGGCCAUGAAGAAGAUCUACAAGGCCUGUCAGAAGUAUCCAGAGUGGAAGAGGAAGCACAACCCUAACCUGAAGCCCUGGAUUUAUCCCGAGCAGAACACCUUACCGUGUAUUAACGUGUCUGACCUGGUACUACAGAGAGCCGACUCACUGGAGAACAUUGACGAGAGCCGCCUGACGGAGGAGAAACAAGCACAACGUCACAGCGAUGAUGAAGAGACCUAGUCUGAGUGAAGAAACUGUUUGUAUGUAAUUGUGUGGCUGUGUUUAAAAUGGCACCCUAUUCCCUAUAUAGUGUAUUACUUUUGUGCAGGGCCCAUCAUAUUUCCUAUAUAGUGCACUACUUUUCACCAGAGCCCAAUAGGUAGUAGUGCACUAUAUAGGAAAUAUGAUGCCAUUUAGGACACACACUCUGUUGAGUUUGGUGUGUGUGUAUGUGUGUGAGAGUGUGUACAGUACUUAUAAUGUACAUGUAUGAUUGACUAUAAUUUUGAUCUGCAAAUUUGUCUUGUUGCGUUUAGCUGGUAAACUUAUUCAAUCAGAGGGGUUUAACAGGGUAUUUUCAUAUAGCAUGACAAAUUAGAGAAUAUAUAUUCCUCCAACAAUGGACGACGUAUUUACGGUGCUAUCGCUCAAUUAAAUAGUAUAAUAUCUCACUGACAGUAAUAAUAGACUAAACCUUUGAGUAAAACUUUGUGUCUCUUUCACAAAAAAAUGAAUUUGAAGACAAUAUUUCAAGGCCCUAUUCACAUUUGAUUUGACUAAGCUUUAAUUUGGCUCUUGGGGCGGUGCAGCGGUCCAAGGCACUGCAUCUCAGUGCAAGAGUCUUCACUGCACAAAUCCAGGCUUCAUCACAUUCAGCUGUGAUUGGGAGUCCCAGAGGGCGGCGCCCAACAUCGCCCGGGGUACGUUGCCAUUGUAAAUAAUUAUUUGUUUUUAACUGACUUGCCUGGUUAAAUAAAAACAAAACAAAAAACACAGUAGACUUUACCAAUACAGGCAGUCUACUAAAGUAUAUUUCCAGUUCUCUAGUGCCUCCCAGUGGCAGUAAUAUGUCAUAACAUUUCCUCAUCCCCCAGUGUUCCGGAAGCCAUGAGCUGUUAGAACAAUGGAAUGUCAAGUUUGUUAGGAAGUGAAUUAGCAUAAUGCACCAAGACAUGUGUUCUUUUGUACAGUGAAUGGCCCACUGAGGCUCCUAAUGACAGUCACAGGGGAGGAGAGAUGGCAUCAUAACCUGUUUGGAAUCAUUAUAAUCAGUCAUAAUCUGUUAUAGUUUUUUAUAACCUUAGGGGGUCAUGAAGCAUGUUUAGCUGUUAUUAAAAGGUCAUUACAUCACUUAUACUUUGGUGUUGCCUGUUCUGACUGAAUAUCAAAGAUGAUGUCUUUAUGAAUGAAUAAAGUUGUCAUUAGGCAUGUGUUUUCAUUUCAUUCAAACGGUCUUUUUGUAGGAUUUUCUGACGUGUUUCCAGAAUGGAGCGGCAUCAUGUCCAUACUGACUGAUGUUAAAUAAAGAGAAGUUGUCUCCUGA